UAGUUAAGCGCAUACGUUUGUUUCUGCACAUUUUUAGAAUUUAUGAGCAUCUUGGCGUUUCCAUCCAGCCUUUUUUCAUGCAAUAUCCCAAAAAGUGCAUAAGUAGGCUGAUGGGAACAUAGCUAACUCUGCGUCUCUGGCUCUCACAGGUGUGUCUGUGUGGAUCAUGGGCCGCAUCUUCUUGGAUCACAUCGGCGGCACGCGCUUGUUCUCCUGCGCUAACUGCGACACCAUCCUGACCAACCGCUCCGAGCUGAUCUCCACGCGCUUCACCGGCGCCACCGGACGAGCCUUCCUCUUCAACAAGGUGGUGAACCUGCAGUACAGUGAGGUGCAGGACCGCGUGAUGCUGACCGGCAGACACAUGGUGCGAGACGUCAGCUGCAAGAACUGCAACAGCAAGCUGGGCUGGAUCUACGAGUUCGCCACCGAGGACAGCCAGCGCUACAAGGAGGGCCGCGUGAUCCUGGAGAGAGCGCUGGUGCGCGAGAGCGAGGGCUUCGAGGAGCACGUCCCGUCAGACGCGACGCACGCGAUCAUGGGGCGCUACAGCGGCAAGACGUGCCGCCUGAUCCUGAUGCUGGUCAUCACCGUCAUCUUCUUCGUGGCGGAGAUCGUGGCGGGGUACAUGGGCAACUCCAUCGCGCUGGUGUCGGACUCCUUCAACAUGCUGUCGGACAUUCUCUCGCUGUGCGUCGGGCUGACGGCGGCGCGGGUGUCGCGUCGCGCGGGCUCGGGGCGCUUCACGUACGGCAUGGGCCGCGCGGAGGUGGUGGGCGCGCUGGCUAACGCCGCGUUCCUCGCCGCGCUCUGCUUCUCCGUGUCCAUGGAGUCGCUGAAGAGGCUCGCCGUGCCGCAGGCCAUCGAUGACCCGCCGCUGGUGCUGAUCGUGGGCUCGCUGGGGCUCGCGGUGAACGUGCUCGGGCUGCUGAUCUUCCAGGACUGCAGCUGCCUGCGCGCGACGCGACGGAACGACGCUCCUGUGCCGCGCGACGCGGAGGAGGAAGAAACAGGACGGAUGUGUGAGCCUCAGGCAGAGCUGGCGCUUUGUGUUUGUCCUGGAUCUUCAGAAGUGCACUCCACACUUGUGCUUUCUCCGUCCACAGGCCUGCAGGAGAAGAAGGCUGGGAGCGAAGGGCCUCCUCUGAACAUCCGGGGUGUGCUGCUGCAUGUGUUGAAUGACGCGCUGGGCUCAGUGGUGGUGGUGGUGGCCUCGGCUCUGUUCUACGUGUGGCCUCUGGCCCCUGAGAGCCCGUGUAACUGGCAGUGUUACGUGGACCCCAGUCUGACGCUGGUCAUGGUGGUCAUCAUCAUGCUGUCAGCUGCUCCUCUGGUCAAAGAAACGGCUGGGAUCCUGCUGCAGAUGAGUCCCCCUGAUCUGCCGCUCACCGCAGUCUUGGAGAGCGUGUGCAGACUCCCCGGCGUGGCCAGCGUUCACGAGGCUCACGUCUGGGAGUUAUCUAAAGGACAGAACGUGGCCUCGCUGCACGUCAAAGUGUCUGCUGACCUGCAGGACCCGGCUCUUCAGACGCAGAUCCAGCAGCUGUUCCACCGCGCAGGCGUCCACAGCGUCACGGUUCAGCUGGAGCGCGCCGACGGAGAGAUGCCCUGCUGUCCUCCUGCCUCCAGAGACGUGAGCGAGAAACAGAAGCAGAUAUCAGCCAAACACAAGAACACCAAGUUCUGAAGCCGUUUCUCGACCCGGCCGGUUCCCAUGAUAAUGCACAGAACAAACAGAACUCGUGUUUAAUUCCUCCUCACGAAUUGUGCCUCACUGCCCUUUCAGACUCCAGCUAAUGAUUCCUAGUAAUUGUGCUUCGUUAGUUUGAGACGUGAGUCUGGUGGAAGAGGAGUCUGGUCAACACGGUGCCUGAUGGAAUCCGGAUCAUCAGUCUAAUUAAUCAGCAUCUUAUUUAUUGCUCUGAAUGAGAGACACGUCCAGCUCAUAUUUCAGCCCAAAACAACAGGAUAAAAACACAUAAUCAAGCCAAAGUCUCGUGAGUGAGUAAAGAAUGCAAACAUGAUAGUAUUUGCCGUAGUGCCUCUAAUGCUUAUGCUGAUAUAUGUAAUAAAUAUCUGUAUUACAGUAAUAUGCAAUUAUUGUUUCAAAAAUAUUUUUUAGUUUCUUUUGAUUUUGGGGUGAAAUUCGACCUGGACAUGGUUUCAUGAGAUUCGUUCCAAUAGCAUAUUUACAUUCCGUAUUGUUAUUUAUGACCUUUUGCUCUUAAUAAUCUUUAUAACUUCUUGGUAAUUCAGGGAAACUGUUGUUGUUGUUGUGGUGUGAGAGUGUGUGUCUUUGUGUGAGUGUUGUAUUUGAAAGACAAUCAAAUGUACUUUAAAACUGUAUACACUAAUAUUAAACAUUUUGGUUGAAAUCAAAUU